AUGCGCAGUAGUGAAUUAGCUCAUGCUGACUGUUCUGCGCAUUUAUUGAAUUUGAUUGUUCAUAAUGCUUUAAAAAACACUUCUGUUAAUGAUAUUCUCAUCAAGUGCAGAAAAAUCGUUGGCCACUUCAAGCAUUCAAAUUCAGCUGUUUCGGCGUUCAAAAAAAUUCAGUUAGAGGAGGACUUGCCUCAACAUUUUCUUUUACAAGUUACCAUUCUAAAGUUCAGCCUUAUUUUUAAAAUUAAGGAUAUCCCAACGAGGUGGAAUAGUGCGUUUUUUAUGUGUAAAAGACUUAUUGAACAAAGGGCUGCUAUACAAAAUUAUGCUUUUAAAAAAGAACGUCAAGAUCUUGAUUUAACGGACAAUGAAUGGGCUAUUCUAGGUGAACUUGUUGAACUUCUCAGUCCUCUUGAAGAGUUAACGCGGUUAUUUUCGGGGUCUUCAAUUUCAGUGCAGUAUUCUUUUGCAAAAAUGACGGAAAAGAAAGUUUCCGAAAUGAAUUUAUUACGAGUUGAACCUACUCGACAGCUAAUUGUUAAAGGUUUUCACGAACGUUUUUGGAAUUUAAUAAAAAUUAGAGAAAUAGCAGUUUCUCAAUUUCUGGAUCCUAGGCUGAAAGACAAGAAUACAGAUAUACCAGAAUUGUUCAGACAUGAAGUUUUUAUUUUUUUGGAUCAAGAAAUGACUCCGAUAGAUUGUGAAACUAUUGAAUUUAAUUUUGAACCACCAGCAAAGGUUAUGAAGCAAGGGCUUCUUGAUGAUUUUGCAGAGUCUAUGGAUGUUCAGGCCGAGCAUCAAACAUCAACAGCGCCAAACCUGAGAAGAGAAUUCGAUGAAUAUUGUUCAAUGGCUAGAGAGUCAAUUAAGUCUGAUCCACUCGAUUUUUGGAAAAGUAAUCAAAAAAAGUUUCCUUUAUUAUCUGAAGCUGCUCGGAAAUAUCUUAGCCCACCGGCUACUAGUGUACCAUCUGAACAAUUAUUCUCGACUGCACGUGAUGUUUUUACAUAUCGUAGGAUGAGUAUUGGUCCAAGAAAAGCAGAGAUGGUUAUAUUUCUUAAUCGUAUUUUACCUUUAAUUGAUUUUAAAUUUUGA